UAGGAUAUAAUUACUCAACCGUCGAACAUUCAUAUCAAAUCAAUUCAUCGUCGUCUUCCACAACUUUCUUCACCGGACCUCCUCCGAUCGAUUGACCUUCUCCGACGUACCUCUCCUUCCCCGUUCGUUUAUCAGAGUUUGUAGUAGUAUUCCUCCUGAAACAAUGAGUGAAGCAUUUGAUGGAUAUGAGCGGCAAUACUGUGAGCUCUCUGCGAGUCUUUCAAAGAAGUGUUCCUCUGCUGUUGCGCUUGAUGGAGAACAAAAGAAGCAGAAGUUGUCUGAAAUCAAAUCUGGCCUGGAAAAUGCAGAAGUAUUGAUUAGGAAAAUGGAUCUUGAGGCAAGGAGCCUUCCACCAAACCUUAAGUCCAGCCUCCUUGUCAAAUUAAGAGAAUUCAAGUCUGAUCUGAACAAUUUUAAAACUGAAGUGAAGAGAAUCACAUCUGGACAGUUGAACGCUGCUGCUCGAGAUGAGUUGCUAGAAGCUGGUAUGGCUGACACAAAGACGGCUUCGGCUGAUCAAAGAUCAAGAUUGAUGAUGUCAACUGAGCGUCUGGGCCGAACCACUGACAGAGUCAAGGACAGCCGUAGAACGAUGAUGGAGACUGAAGAGAUUGGUGUUUCAAUCCUCCAAGACUUGCACAGUCAGAGACAGUCUCUCCUACGAGCCCAUGAAACGUUGCAUGGAGUAGAUGAUAACGUUGGAAAAAGCAAGAAGAUAUUGACAGGCAUGACGAGGAGGAUGAACAAGAACAAAUGGACAAUUGGAGCUAUUAUCACUGCUUUGAUUGCCGCCAUUAUCGUCAUCUUGUACUUCAAACUCGCCAAGUAAGCCUCUGUAACUAAGUCCGACCAAAUCAAAGAACUGUUGUGUUCGUUUGUGAAUCUUUGAUUUAUCUUCUUUCUUCUUUCUGUGUGAAAAUUUGUCUUUGCCACCUUUGUAUUCUAAAUUUGACUAUACAUACAUUAAGCAAGUAAAGCUUCGGCCUGUGUCACGUAUAUUGUGUAUAUUGUUCAUAUCGAAUCCAGAACGAUACAUGGUUAAACA